GGCAGUUUUGAACGUUGGAGCUGUUCUCGCGCCGGGAGCGGGAGCGGCUGGGGGACAUCGUCCUCUUUGGCGGGGCCUGUGGCCUGUCACCCAUCGUUGAGCUUCCUGCCCCUCCAGCGCCCUGUCAGUGACCCCUUGCGUUUUAAACGGACCGCGCACUUUUGUUUGGCCUUUAGGCAACGUGCAGGCCAUCUCUCCAGCAGAUUGUGGAAACAUUACUCAAGGAACAGAAUGGCAAACCAGGAAGAAACCUGGGAACAACUGGAUUCAGAAUUUGACCACUACUUAGUUGACAUGAAACCAUAUGUUCUGAAACUGUUACAUAAGUCAGAACGCCAGAGAUGUGCCUUGUGGAUCAAGAAAUUAUGCGAUCCAUCUGGAGCUGGAGCCGGAGUAAUGGGACGCAAAAACCGAAACAUGUAUGCUAAGCUUUUACUUCACAUGCUGAGACGGGGAGUGCUCGAAGGUCCUUUCACCCACAGACCAGAACCUGGAUCGCUUAAAACACUGCCUUCUUACAUGUCAAUAUACUUUGAUGAGCCCAGCUUUUCAAAACCACUUGAUCAUGGAACUGAAGGAUUACCAGACUGGGUAACAGGAGAGCUGGGUUCAGGGGAUUCAAAAUCCAGUGGCUCCUGGAGAAGUGGCUCUAAAGAUAAUGAAUCUUCUGACUUUCCACGUGUUGUUCACAGGCGAAGACACACAUACAAUGGCAAGGUGGUUUCUGAACUCAAAGCUGUUACAUCUUCUGAUGAGAGUGACUUUGAAGCAACAUUAAAUAGCUGGAAUCUUGGGAUUGUAAACCCCAGAUAUCUAAGAGAGCAAUCAAUACCUCUGUCUCCGAUUUUGCCUAAAGCAAACCUCGGAAAUGUUAGCACAUCCUGCAAUGAACAGACUCUGAUUCAAAUGCAUGAAAAAGAGAUAGAAAUGAAGACAAAGAUGCUGGAAGCAAAAUUCCAUGAGGAGAAGCUCAAACUACAGCAGAAGCAUGAUAUGGAUGUUCAAAAGAUUUUGGAUCGGAAAAAUAAUGAGAUUGAGGAACUAAAGACACUGUAUAGAAACAAGCAAAAGGAAGCAGAAGAGGUGAAUAAGAAGCUGGAAAAGAGAGUUCAGAGUCUGGUUCGUGAAUUGCAGAUUUUUCGAGAAAGUAAAGAGAAGCAAAUUGUUGAGUUGCAGAAGAUGGCUGAACAGAGUGCUGAUUCUUUAAAAAAUGAUUGGGAGAGAAAGUUACACAAUAUUGUAGCAGAACUGGAGCAAGAGAAAUUUGAAUUGCAGAAGAAACACACAGAGAAUAUUCAGGAAAUCCUCAAUGACACCAACUCACGCCUUAGCAAAAUGGAGACAGAAUAUGCCACUCAGACUAAGACUACUAACCAAAUGGUGAAAGAACUGGAGGCUCGUGUACAACAGUUGACCAUCGAGGCCGAGAAUAGCACUUUGGUGCGACAGAAACUAACCCAAGCGAAAGGAGAGCUAGAACAGCGCUGCCAGAUGAUAUGCUUGGAGCUGCAAGAGUUAAAAUUAAAAAAGAGUUCCCUUCAAAAGGAAAAGCAGCAGACGUUGGAGGACCAUGAGAAAACUGUCAGACAAAUGCAAAAUAAACAUGACUGUGAACUCAACUACUUAAAGCAAGAGCAUGCACACUCAGCAGCCAAGGCCUCUAAUAUAAUUGAAGAACUGGAACAGAAUGUUUUCCAACUGAAGAAGGAACUGCAGGAAAGAGAACAUCAGAAACAGCAACAGCUGAGGAAUCAAGUGGGAAAGUCUGAACAAGAAAGGCUGCAUUUGGAACAUCUUUAUGAAAAGAAGAUUCAAACUUUACAGACUGAGAAAGACCAGGAGAAAACAGAUGCAAUGAAACAAAUUCGGAAUUUGGAAGAAGCCUAUCGCGAAAAAGAAGACCAACUGACAAGGGUGACUGAGGUGCAGAAACUCCAAGCCCAGAAAGCAGAUGCUGCUUUGGAAGAAUUCAAGAGACAGGUGGAGCUAAAUUCUGAGAAGGUCUAUUCUGAAAUGAAACAGCAGAUGGAGAAGGUUGAGGCAGAUCUAAGUAGAUCAAAAUCUGUCCGAGAGAAACAAUCAAAAGAAUUCUCUUGGCAGUUGGAGGAACUCAAACAGCGAUAUGAACAACAGAUAGUAGAAUUGAAGCUGGAGCAUGAGCAGGAGAAGACGCACCUAUUCCAGCAGCACAACGCGGAAAAAGACAGCCUGGUCCGAGAGCACGAACGCGAGAUUGAUAACUUGGAAAAACAGCUGCGUGCCGCCAUAGUGGAGCAUGAAAACCAGACACAGGAAUGGAGGAAGCGAGACUCGCAGACAAUUGCAGAGUUGGAAAGCCAGGUCCACCAGCUACGUGAAGAACUUAUCCAGGUCAACUCUCAGAGAAAACAACAGCUAGUUGAGUUGGGACUACUACGUGAGGAGGAAAAGCAGAGAGCUUUGCAUGAUCACGAAACUACUGUCAACAAACUGAAAGCUGAAAUGGAAAGGAUGAAACUGGAGAUUCAGAAGACAAAUGCUGCUGAAAUGGAACAUGUUGUGGAAAGGACCAGCAACAAGUUGAAGCAGAUUGAGAAAGAAUACAGCCAGAGGCUUUUAAAAUCUUCACAGACUGUAGCUGAACUUCAGACUACUAUUACAUCCUUAAGGGAAGAGAACAGCCGACAGCAGCUGGCUGCAGAGAGACAGCUCCAAGAAGCUGUGGGAAGAUGUGCAGAUGAGAAGAGGCUGUUGAUUAGAGAUAAUGAUAGAAGUAUCAAGACUCUGGAAGAUGAAGCAGAAAACUAUCGCAACCAAAUCCAAGUAUUAGAAAAUGAGAUAGAAAACAAAGAGCUGAAGACUCAAGAACAGAUCACUCACAUCCAGCAAGAAUAUGAAAUGAAAAUCAAAGGUCUGAUGCCUGCUACAGUGCGACAUGAACUUGAAGAUACCAUUAGUUCCCUGAAGUCUCAGGUGACUUUCCUUCAAAAGAGGGCAUCUGUUCUUCAGGAAGAGCUAAACACCUAUCGUAAUAGAAGAUGAAGAGCCAUUGGGAUGAUUUCCUUACCUCACUCAUACCUUCAAUAUAACUCUUAUGGAACAGAAUUGGAUUCCAACAGAAUCAACACCUACUGUGUAAGGACGGGCAGAGCAAUGAAAUUAAAAACUGACUAUUAGUAAUCUUUUAUUGUAUUGAAACUCAGAAAGACAAUAUUCCCUGAAUCAGUAUUGUGUCUCCCCCUCCACUUUGUUUUGUUCCAAUCAGACAUUCUUUUAACAUUUUAUUUUUGU